GAAUCAUUUCGAUUUAAGUCACCAAACAGAGACAGAGACGACAGUCUUAGUCAAGAUCCUCUUCAAGGUACAACUCGAGCUUGUCGGAAGCCAUUUCAUAUAAAUGAAACUAUCUCGCUUCCUGCCUUUAAAAACAUCCAGUUUCCGGACUCAAUUCGCCGACACCGUGUGAAGAGAGGGCGUCCAUAUAAACGCAAGCAUUCCAACAUGGCUACCGGAACCAAGACUCCAGGGAAUUUCCAGGAACCUACGUCUACCUCGGGAUCCGGGAAGUCGCCUCGAGAGGUCGUGGGUUUUUGGGGGACCAGGUUGAAGGUCACGGACGAGGAACGGGAGGUAAUCACCAUCGGACACGACGGAUACGCGUCCGAGGAGCCAGCGAGACAAAAUACUGCUCGCGGAGGAGGCAGUAAGAGGGGGCGAAAUAAGGCGCCUACUUCAGCUACUGCUACAGGAGGAGCCGGAAGGAAGGUAGAAGCACACACCACUCCAAAUGCCUCGCCUAGAACAACAAUGGGACCAGCAAACUCCUGGGACGACAAGCUCCUGCGGAAGCUCGUCCAGAACGGCAAGUGGAAGAAGACAGCCUGGCUCCCAGGCAGUGGUCGCCAUAUUAACGAGGGUCGGGACGCCUACGAGCCGUUCACUCACAUCGUCAGAACUCUCCAUCUAGAGGACGCUGUGCAGGUUCUGGCGACCAACAGGAUGAAACCCAAGAGCCUGAUAACAUUCAGCAGCCUCCAGAAUGGGACAUUACCCAAUGAUCACCCUUGCAAGGAGCUGAAGGUGCUUUGGUUCUCGGCUCGCUUCAAGAGCGAGAAUGAAGAGGACCCCAACUGGUAUGGAAACGUUGAGUUUGCCGUUCCAUGCCACCUUCUGCUGGAGAUGUUCCAGCACUGCUUCUUGGUUGAGAUCCUGACUACGCCCACUCACACGGUGUCUAGGGUUCUACUGACCAACACAGACUACUCUUCAGUGCUGCCUCACUACAACAGUAAGCAGCCUGGAGGGGGUUGGAUGGUGAACCAAGAUGGACACUUCGCCCUGCGUAAGUGCUCCCGCUACAGAUUCAGGGGGACGAACAUGUUUGAUCACGUCUUGGAAUUCAUGCUAGAAGUCACUGCCAAAGACGAGAAGAAGAUCUUGUCCAGUUGCAAACUCGACUUCAAGAACCACGAAGACGCCAGAGAUACCAGGCAGGUCCACGUGUGCAACAGAUACCAGCGCCUGAAGCAGUCCUGUCCAACUCCUUACACGUCCUUGGAAACUGCAGAGGCAUUCCAUAGUGGCCUUGAGAAAACGAAAGUAAACUGGAAUAAGAUAUAUCCAAAAUUAACAGAGCAUGCCAAACAGUGCUUGCCUGAAGCUGCGGCAUAAUGGCCAAAAUUGGUAAAGUACGAUUAACCUUGGUGUACAAGUUCAUAAAGGUACACAAGAGUUAAAAAUAUUGAAAGUGCGUAUUGGUAAUACCCGUAAGCAAGUGUCAUUAAAUUGGGUAGCUACCAAUACGAUGAAAACUGGUACCUGAACAUUAGCACAGUAUUAUGUAAAAAAUGUACCUAAGUGUAAGCAUUUAUUAUGAGUACUUAAGUGAAAGUACAGUAGUAAUGAAAAUGUGCUGACGUAAAUGGUGUGAUAAUGGUUGAACUAUAUUGUGUACCUGCAAGUGGCAUAAGGCUUAUAUUAGCACUUACAAGAAACACAGAAGUGAGAAAGCCCAACCAUUAUGUCACGUGAAGGAUUAUGUACGUGCACUUACAAGACAAGUAACUGAAGAUUUGUUCUCAUUGUCUGAGAAUGGAUAGCCACAAUGAGUACAUAAUUCAGUUUGAAUUUUGACACUUCCACACCAGCAGAAAAAGCUACUCAGGUUCUGAUAAUUUUAGUUCCAUUUUGUCAUCUGGGUAGUCUUCAAGCUGCAGUAGAAUUUCCACUUUCGCCGAAUAUUGUAGCGAAGACUUUUUAUUUUAUAUGUAUCCAUGUAGUACCUCAAUGGUAGAAUUUCCACUUUUGCUGCUGAUUGCAACAAAGACUUUUAUUGGUUAUGUAUCCCUGUACCUCAGAAUCCAUAGUUUUUAUUCAAUUUAAGAUAAUUUUUUUUUAUUCAAGUUCCCUAGUUACUUAGUUCAAUUUGAAAAAAUAAUAAAGUUCAGUUUGUUGU